AGGAAGUCACCAGGGGUGACUGGAGGAGCAGGGGCCUUGGAAAGGAAAGCAGCUGGGAUCAAGAGGAGUGGAAGGCUCCCCCUUGACUAAAGCUGAAGCGGGAGCUGUCAGAAAGUAGGGGAGGAUGCUACUAACUCAAAGGGACUUCUGCAACUUCAACGCUAAGAUUCUGAGAGAGGAAAACAGACAUGUUGGUUGAACCAUGUGAAAUUACUUUUGCUAGGUCAAAAACAGUGAUGAUUGGCAAUUUCAUGUGGCACAAGCAUUUCCAUCUAGUAGUGCUCAAUCUCAUGCUGAUAACCGCCGGCUUCAUGAGCCAGACCUCCAGGAAGGCAUUAGAGCAGUUCCCCGAGAGGAUCCCCAAUGGAACUAUCAGGCAAAUUCCCCAGGUAUAGCUAGGCGAGAUUUCAUGAUUUCCUGCCUAGUUGAAGGGCUUAAAAAGGCAGCUUACAAGGCUGUUAAUUAUGACAAGCUUAAAGGAACUAGCCAAGGUAAAGACGAAAACCCAGCCCAGUUCAUGGCCCGCUUAGCAGCAACCCUUAGAUGCUAUACCGCCCUAGACCCAGAAAGGCCAGAAGGCCGCCUUAUUCUUAAUAUGCAUUUUAUCACCCAAUCCACUCCUGACAUUAGGAAAAAAACUUCAAAAACUAGAAUCUGGCCUUCAAACCCCACAACAGGAAUUAAUCAACCUCGCCUUCAAGGUGUACAAUAAUAGAGGGGAAGCAGCCAGACGGCAACUCAUUUCUGAGUUACAAUUACUUACCUCUGCUGUGAGACAAAACCCAGCCACACCUCCAGCAUACAAGAACUUCAAAAUGCCUAAGCUGCACACACCUAAGCUGCAGCAGUCAAUCAUUCCUACAAGACCUCCUCCAUCAGGAUCUUGCUUCAAGUGCCAGAAAUCUGGCCACUGGGCCAAGGAAUGCCCGCAGCCCAGGAUUCCUCCCAAGCCAUGUCCCAUCUGUGCAGGGACCCACUGGAAGGCAGACUGCCCAGCUCGCCCAGCAGCCACUCCUAGAGCCCCUAAAGCUCUAGCCCAAGGCUGUCUGCCUGACUCCUUCCCAGAUCUGCUCAGCUUAGCGACUGAAGAUUGACACUGCCCGGUCGCCUUGGAAGCCCCCUGGACCAUCAUAGAUGCCGAGCUUCAAGUAACUCUCACAGUGGAAAAUCCCCAGCCGUAUGAAGACACCCUAGCUGGAUGAUCAGUUCUUGUUAAGAAUCUGACCCCUCAAACUCUACAACCUCGAUGGACCAGACCCUACUUAGUCAUCUAUAGUACCCUGACUGCCAUCUGCCUGCAGGAUCCUCCCCACUCGGUUCACCGUUCCAGAAUAAAGCUGUGUCCAUCGGACAGCCAGCCUAAUCCCUCCUCUUCCUCCUGGAAGUCACAACCAAGGACAGAGAAAAACAUCCAGAUUUGGGAACACAAUAACAGAUAUGAUUGUCUCCACUUCUACUGCCAAAAUUUUAAAACUGUUAACUCCUCCUCAUCAGCUUACCUGACUACUUCCAAGCAAAAGAGAUAAUGAAGUAUUAGUAAUUGGUGAUACUAGAUCAAUGAAGAAAUCACUAAACCUUGGCCAUGGUCACUUCCUCUUUUCCAACCUCUGUGGCAGUUUUUGCCCUAAUAACCCUGCAGGUUGGUACUCAGGACAGUUUUAUAGCUGCAGUGUAUGAACAUGCUGUCAUUUUGCCAAAUAAAACAGAAACACCGGUUUCUCAGGAGGAUGCCUUGAAUCUCAUGAACAAGAAUAUAGACAUUCUGGAGAGAGCGAUCAAGCAGGCAGCUGAGCAGGGUGCUCGAAUCAUUGUGACUCCAGAAGAUGCACUUUAUGGAUGGAAAUUUACCAGGGAAACUGUUUUCCCUUAUCUAGAGGAUAUCCCAGACCCUCAGGUGAACUGGAUUCCGUGUCAAGACCCCCACAGAUUUGGUCACACACCAGUACAAGCAAGACUCAGCUGCCUGGCCAAGAACAACUCUAUCUAUGUCUUGGCAAAUUUGGGGGACAAAAAGCCAUGUAAUUCCCGUGACUCCACAUGUCCUCCUAAUGGCUACUUUCAAUACAAUACCAAUGUGGUGUAUAAUACAGAAGGAAAACUCGUGGCACGUUACCAUAAGUACCACCUGUACUCUGAGCCUCAGUUUGACGUCCCUGAAAAGCCGGAGUUGGUGACUUUCAACACCACAUUUGGAAAGUUUGGCAUUUUCACGUGCUUUGAUAUAUUCUUCUAUGAUCCUGGUGUUACCCUGGUGAAAGAUUUCCAUGUGGACACCAUACUGUUUCCCACAGCUUGGAUGAACGUUUUGCCCCUUUUGACAGCUAUUGAAUUCCAUUCAGCUUGGGCAAUGGGAAUGGGAGUUAAUCUUCUUGUGGCCAACACACAUCAUGUCAGCCUAAAUAUGACAGGAAGUGGUAUUUAUGCACCAAACGGUCCCAAAGUGUAUCAUUAUGACAUGAAGACAGAGUUGGGAAAAAUUCUCCUUUCGGAGGUGGAUUCACAUCCCCUAUCCUCGCUUGCCUACCCAACAGCUGUGAAUUGGAAUGCCUACGCCACCACCAUCAAACCAUUUCCAGUACAGAAAAACACUUUUGGGGGAUUUAUUUCCAGGGAUGAGUUCAACUUCACAGAACUUUUUGAAAAUGCAGGAAAUCUUACAGUCUGUCAAAAGGAGCUUUGCUGUCAUUUAAGCUACAGAAUGUUACAAAAAGAAGGGAAUGAAGUGUACGUUCUAGGGGCUUUUACAGGAUUACAUGGCCGAAGGAGAAGAGAGUACUGGCAGGUCUGCACAAUGCUGAAGUGCAAAACUGCUAAUUUGACAACUUGUGGACGGCCAGUAGAAACUGCUUCUACAAGAUUUGAGAUGUUCUCCCUCAGUGGCACAUUUGGAACAGAGUAUGUUUUUCCUGAAGUGCUACUUACCGAAAUUCAGCUGUCACCUGGAAAAUUUGAGGUGCUGAAAGAUGGGCGUUUGGUAAACAAGAAUGGAUCAUCUGGGCCUAUACUAACAGUGUCACUUUUUGGGAGGUGGUACACAGAGGACUCACUUUACAGCUCGUGUGGGACAAGCAAUUCAGCAAUAACUUACUUGCUAAUAUUCAUAUUAUUAAUGAUCAUAGCUUUGCAAAAUAUUGUAAUGGUAUAGGGCAUCUCUUUAUCACUCAGCUUCUGCAUCAUAUUCUUGGCUAAAUGUGUUUAUCGGCUUCCCAAGUUUACUAAGAAACUUUGAAGGGCUAUUUCAGUAGUAUAGACCAGUGAGUCCUAAAUAUUUUUUCUCAUCGAGAAUUUUUUUUUUAAGUAUUAUGAUAAUGUUGUCCAUUUUUUUUGGCUACUCUGAAAUGUUGCAGUGUGGAACAAUGGAAAGAGCCUGGGUGUCUGGGUGAGAUAAAUGAAGAUCAAACUCCAGCUCCAGCCUCAUUUGCUUGAGACUUUGUGUGGGUUUGUAUGUGUGGGAGUGAGGAGUUUCAGGGCCAUUGCAAACAUAGCUGUGCCCUUGAAGAGAAUAGUAAUGCUGGGAAUUUAGAGGUUUAUGCUGAAUUCCCUUUGACAUUAAAGACAAUUUGAAUUCA